UUUGGUUAUCCAUGGAAAUUAAAUCCCGGUGAUGGUGCAUUCUAUGGACCAAAAAUUGAUAUUACAAUUAAAGAUGCACUUCAACGUUCUCAUCAAUGUGCAACAAUUCAACUCGAUUUUCAAUUACCACUGAGAUUUGAAUUGCAAUAUCAGACAGAUGAUGAUACAGACGAUCCAACGAAAAAACUUAAAACACCUGUCAUUAUCCACCGAGCGAUGGUUGGCUCUAUUGAACGAAUGUUAGCAAUAUUGACAGAGUCUUUUGGUGGCAAAUGGCCAUUUUGGUUAUCUCCUAGACAAGCCGCUAUUGUGCCUGUUGUAUCAGCUUUAGAUGAAUAUGCCAUUGAAGUACAACAAAAAUUAUGGAAUGCUGGAUUUCAAGUUGAAGCGGAUCUAGAUCCCGGUAGCAUGCUCAAUAAAAAGAUUCUGGUUGGUCAGCAAGAAAAAGCAAACGGCACAGUAAAUGUUCGCACACGUGACGGUAAACAGCAUGGUGAAUUUCCAUUGAAUGAUGUUAUUAAACGUUUUGGUGAAUUAGCCUCAUCUCGUACAAAUCAUGCUGAAGAUGAUUUUUCACCAAAUUCCUCUGCAACUAAAUCACCAUCAACUCACACAACAAUGUCAAAGGAUCUUAGCGAUGCAAAAGAAGAAAAAGAAAGUCUCAAUGAAGAGAUGGAACAAAAACUAAAAAUUUAG